GCCUAUAUAUAAGAUUUACUUGUACCAAAUAUGAUGGUGUAACUGAAUUGUAGAUCAAAUAAAUUUUGUAGGAAAAAAUUGUUUAAAACAUGUAAAGUAUACACGUGAGAAUCGCGCCUAGUGCAGUGGGCAGGGUCUGCGGUGGUGCGCGCCGAUUCCCAGCGAACACUCACUCCUCUCUUACUACACAUCGAUAUGAAAGCCUUUUCAUAUCUAACGUUUUAACAACCUCAUAAUGCUCCCUCCAAUCUUCACACAAUCUUGUUCCUGCCACAAGGAUAUUCUAAGAGUCUCAUCUUUUCGCUUAAGUUUAUACUUAUCAGCUAGAAUUUGAAUUUUCAGCCUUAAAUUUAGAGCUGAUUUUAACGUUUUCUUAUCAAAGUUUAUUUUUCAGUAUUUGUUUUUAGAUAGUUAAGAAAACGUAUAUAAAAAUUUUAUUCAUAAAUUAUUUUUCGUUUGUAAAUAUAUAGUUUCACUUAUUUUGGCCCCGCAAGCUUCCAUCACGCUUCAAGCCCAAGGACUCCGCCAUCUGCCGAUCCGAGCCAAUGCCAGCAACAACCGUUCUAUUAUACUUGCUCUAAUGUUGCCUAUAUAUCACCAUUGUCGACCAUCGAAGUUUCCCCCGUCAUUGUUGCUUGACCCUGGACGCCGUCGUCUCGUCGAGAUAUAUCACCAUGGCAGUGAAAUAUUUAUCUGCUGGAAUUAAUGGAAUAUAGACCAGGAGAAUUUGCGACUGUGAAUUGCCGUACACCUCCACUUCGCCAACUAUCGCACCUCAUCACUUCGCCAUCGCGAUUGGAACAGAGAAAGAAGACAGAUUUUUUGUGAAUCUGUAUGUUUCAUGAGUUAGAUUAUGGGAGUAUAUACACUUCGGAAUUCAACACUUCUACUACCAACACAGUUUUCGGUGGUUUUUCCAUGUCUAAACUACACACCUGACCUGACUAAUCAGUAAUCACCACUAAUGCAUGUUACUGAUCACCUACGACAACAUCAACUAUCACAAAUGCUAUGACUAAUGCUUGAUUCGCAAUAGAUGAAUCACCAAAAUUUAACAGUUGGCAAGAUAAUCAGGGAUAUCAUGAAUUCCAAUUCUAGGAAAAAGCACUAAAAGGGUGCUCAAAGAAACAAGAACCUUGGUCCGUGCUUCAGAAGACCGCAAUGGCGGAGGAUUGACGAUGAGGGCGACCGGUGGCAGCGACGACGACGGCAAGGCUGCUGUUGCUGGCGUAUCGUCCGGUGCUCCUCGUCCAUGUCAACAGCUACCAUAUGUCAAAAACUACGUGACCCACUUUACUGAUCAUCGAGUAUGGCGGACAGCACACACCGUGCUCUGCACUUAACCCUGACCACUUGCAUUUGUUGGAAAGAGCAGCACAAUGCACUCGUAAAAAGCCCCGAGUCCUGACAGAUUAGGUCAAGUCAACCAGUCCCAGCCAAGUAAUCAUUGAACAGUAGACCAUUCGGUCAAUGAAGUCAAGCAAACACUGGAGAUGUCCAAAUAGGAUCAUAGGAUAGGAGCAAUAUCUCAGCCUGUAAGCUGAUGUUAUGCUCCAAAGACCCUCCCUCCUCUCUCUCUCACAGACGGAACCAAAGAAAGAAACCACAUGAGGCUUCUUGUAUUACUGUCCCUCAUCUCCGUCCUGACGAUCGCCGGUGGCAGCACCGAUGAGGCCACGCUGCCCGCUUUCAAGGCGGGGCUCAGCUCAAGGACGCUCACCUCAUGGAACAGCAGCACCAGCUUCUGCAACUGGGAGGGCGUCAAGUGCAGCCGCCAUAGGCCGACGAGGGUGGUGGGGCUGAGCCUGCCGUCCAGUAAUCUCGCCGGAACGCUCCCUCCUGCCAUCGGAAACCUCACCUUCCUCCGGUGGUUCAACCUGAGCUCCAAUGGGCUCCACGGGGAGAUUCCCCCAAGCCUCGGCCACCUCCAGCAUCUACGGAUCCUCGACCUUGGAAGCAAUUCGUUUUCCGGUGCGUUCCCUGAUAAUCUGAGCUCCUGCAUCAGCUUGAUAAACCUGACCCUGGGCUAUAACCAACUUAGUGGCCACAUUCCGGUGAAGUUGGGUAACACACUGACGUGGCUCCAGAAGCUCCAUCUUGGAAACAACAGCUUCACAGGGCCGAUUCCAGCCUCGCUAGCAAACCUAUCAUCGCUUGAGUUCCUAAAGUUGGACUUCAACCACCUGAAAGGCCUGAUCCCGUCAAGCCUCGGAAACAUCCCAAAUCUGCAGAAGAUUGGUCUUGACGGAAACAGCCUCUCUGGCGAAUUCCCGCCCUCCAUAUGGAAUCUGUCAAAACUGACUGUUCUCCAAGUAUAUGAGAACAAGCUCAAAGGAAGCAUUCCCGCCAACAUUGGCGACAAAUUACCUAACAUGCAACACUUUGUUCUGUCUGUGAACCAGUUUAGCGGAGUCAUCCCCUCUUCCUUAUUCAAUCUAUCAUCACUCACAGACGUAUACCUUGAUGGUAACAAAUUCAGUGGAUUUGUGCCUCCUACCGUGGGAAGGUUGAAAUCUCUUGUGCGUCUAUCCUUGUCUAGCAACCGACUUGAGGCAAAUAACAUGAAGGGCUGGGAAUUUAUAACUUCACUUGCCAACUGCAGUCAGCUGCAACAGCUAGAUAUCGCAGAAAAUUCUUUCAUUGGGCAGCUGCCAAUCUCUAUUGUUAACCUGUCGACAACACUUCAAAAGUUCUUCUUACGUGGUAAUAGCGUCUCCGGGAGCAUCCCCACAGACAUUGGCAAUUUGAUUGGCUUGGACACGCUCGAUCUAGGGUCCACUUCUUUGUCAGGAGUGAUUCCUGAGAGCAUAGGGAAGCUAGCAGACUUGGCCAUAAUUACUCUGUACAGCACUAGAUUGUCAGGCCUCAUACCGUCAGUAAUUGGAAAUCUUACCAAUUUGAAUAUACUAGCCGCAUACGAUGCCCAUUUGGAAGGCCCAAUACCUGCAACCCUUGGGAAGCUAAAGAAGCUAUUUGCUCUAGAUUUGUCCAUAAACCAUCUGAACGGUUCGGUCCCAAAAGAAAUUUUUGAGCUGCCGUCACUUUCUUGGUUCUUAAUCUUGUCAGAUAAUACUCUCUCAGGACCCAUUCCAUCAGAAGUUGGUACCUUGGUUAACCUAAACAGUAUAGAACUGUCAGGAAACCAGCUAUCUGAUCAAAUACCUGACAGUAUAGGAAAUUGUGAGGUGCUGGAAUACCUGCUGCUAGAUAGCAACUCGUUUGAAGGAAGCAUACCUCAAUCUUUGACAAAACUAAAAGGGAUCGCCAUACUGAACCUAACCAUGAACAAGUUUUCUGGUAGCAUCCCCAAUGCCAUUGGUAGCAUGGGCAAUCUGCAACAGCUGUGUCUAGCUCACAACAAUUUGUCAGGAUCAAUCCCAGAAACCCUACAAAAUUUGACACAGCUGUGGCACUUAGAUGUGUCCUUCAAUAAUUUGCAAGGCAAAGUACCAGAUGAAGGUGCUUUCAGGAACCUUACGUAUGCAUCAGUUGCAGGGAACGACAAGUUGUGUGGUGGAAUACCUCGGCUUCACUUGGCUCCAUGUCCAAUUCCUGCUGUAAGAAAGGACAGAAAAGAACGGAUGAAAUAUCUUAAAGUAGCUUUCAUAACAACAGGAGCAAUUCUGGUGUUAGCUUCAGCUAUUGUUCUGAUUAUGUUACAGCACAGGAAACUAAAAGGAAGACAAAAUAGCCAAGAGAUAUCUCCGGUUAUAGAGGAACAAUAUCAGAGGAUUUCAUAUUAUGCAUUAUCAAGAGGAAGCAAUGAAUUUUCAGAAGCAAACUUGCUUGGCAAAGGAAGAUAUGGUUCUGUUUAUAAAUGCACUUUACAAGAUGAGGGUGAACCUGUAGCCAUAAAAGUGUUCGACCUUAAACAAUUAGGAUCUUCAAGGAGCUUUCAGGCUGAAUGUGAGGCUUUGAGAAGAGUUCGCCAUCGUUGUCUGACAAAGAUCAUCACUUGUUGUUCAAGUAUUGACCCACAGGGUCAGGAGUUCAAGGCAUUAGUUUUUGAGUACAUGCCCAACGGAAGCUUAGAUAGUUGGCUCCAUCCCACGUCAAGCAAUCCCACUCCCAGCAAUACACUGAGCCUUUCGCAGAGACUCAGCAUUGUGGUUGAUAUCUUGGACGCACUGGAUUAUCUUCACAACAGUUGUCAGCCACCGAUCAUUCAUUGUGACCUGAAACCAAGUAAUAUUCUUCUUGCAGAAGACAUGAGUGCAAAGGUUGGAGAUUUUGGCAUAUCAAAAAUCCUCCCCAAAAGCACAACUAGAACUCUUCAAUAUUCAAAAAGCUCAAUUGGAAUCCGAGGUUCCAUUGGAUAUAUUGCACCAGAGUAUGGAGAAGGUUCUGCAGUAACCAGAGCAGGUGAUACUUACAGCUUAGGUAUAUUGUUGCUUGAGAUGUUUAAUGGAAGAAGUCCCACUGAUGACAUUUUCAGGGAUUCAAUGGAUCUGCACAAGUUUGUUGCAGCUUCUUUUCUUGAGAGCGCCAUGAACAUAGCUGAUCGAACAAUCUGGCUGCAUGAAGAAGCAAAUGAUACAGAUGGGACAAAUGCAAGCACAAAAAGAAGAAUUAUUCAACAGUGUUUGGUGUCCGUUCUUAGGCUCGGCUUAUCCUGCUCAAAGCAACAACCCAGAGACCGAAUGCUGUUACCAGAUGCUGCAUCAGAGAUUCAUGCAAUCAGAGAUGAAUAUCUCAGGUCUUGGAUGGUUGAAAAUGAACAGAGCACUCUUAACUAAAUGUUGAGUCGGGCAAUGAACAGUAGAGCAACAUUCAUAAAUAUUGGGCAAUAUGCAUAUGUGUAGUAUCGAUGACUGUACCUGGAAUAAUCAGCUGCAUACAAGGUUCCAUGGUUACUGGUAUAGUUGGCCAUGUGGGCCGCCCGGCACGGCACGGCCCAGGCCCGGCCGUGCCUGGGCCGAGGCUUGUCGGGCCGGCACGGCCCGACCGACGCACCGGGCCGU